GGUUCAACCACAUCAUGCCCGCUAAACGGCUAAGGCUAUCAGAAGAUAGCGAUGUUGACGCGUCUGGUGCAGACCACGAACAGAGUGACAAUGAUCUCGAUGCUGCACAGCAGUCCACGACCUCUGCUUCUUCAUCAGAAGACAACGAUUCUCCGGACACGGAGGCUGAAAUUGCGGAUAAAAGAAUAACAAAGUCGAAGAAAACAUUAAAACGAAAGCGGCGGGCAACAGAGCCCUCGCAGUUUGGUGCUACCUUGCAAGGCCUGCUUGACACCAUUGCACCGUCAGACCUGCCGCUAUCGCUCAAACCUUCUAUCGCGCGCCAGAAAAAUGGUGCAAAGCUUGAAUUGAAGGCCCACAAAGUGAUUCAAAUAGAGAAGAAGGAAAAGGCGGAUAAAGGACAUAUACGGGAUGUUAUCGGAGGUUGGGGCGGCGAGAGCGAACGCUCUUUGCGCAAGGUUGCUCAACGAGGAGUGGUGAAACUCUUUAAUACUAUUCAACAAUCGCAGGCAGCGGCAGGCAUCGCCGCCGAACAGUCAAAAGGUUUGCGAGGAACAGGGAAACCUACGCUUCCAGCGCCCCUGUUGGACAAGAAGCCGAAAGGAAAACUAAAGGCCAAGCACAAGGACAAUAUUAUCGGGAGAGGAAAUCCAGCGACAAUUGGGAAGGACGAUUUCUUCGACAUGAUCAGGUCAGGUGGAAUCGUCUCAAAAGUGUAGGCGUCUUGUGCCUAGUCUCCCCCACACAGACCGUAGACGAAUAGAGUCAACCGUUUCUGUUACGUUGGCGUGACAUCUGCCCAAAUGGUUCAUCAGGGACUAGUAGGCUCAAAACACCUUACUCGUCGCAGCUCGCAGUGGAGGAACUCAGGUUGUAUUGAUAACAUUGGACAGUGUACGACAGCUGGUAACGUUCGCAUUCGAGAGCGACCAAUUACUUCGUGCAAUAUGAUAUGGACAACCCCUUUGUGCCACAAUUCUCAGUCUCAUCUCCGUCUACCGCUGGCAUCGAUGCACCCGC